CCUUCUCCUCCUGUUCAUUCGAAUCAUAUGGAGGUAGGAGAAGACUUUCCUCGUCUUCCACCCGGUUUUCGCUUUCAUCCUUCUGAUGAAGAGCUCAUUGUUCACUACUUGUUUAACAAGGUGAAGCUCCGUUCACUUCCUGCCGAGGUCAUUGGUGAAAUCGAGCUUUAUAAAUUCGACCCUUGGGAUCUUCCUAGCAAGGCGUUGUUUGGGAAGGAUGAAUGGUUCUUCUUUACCCCAAGAGACCGGAGAUACCCGAACGGAUCACGCCCCAAAAGGUCUGCGGGAUCGGGCUUUUGGAAGGCUACGGGGAAAGAUAAAUCGAUCAUUGCUUCUUCAGGGGUGAAAAAUAUAAUCGGGUUGAAGAAAGCUUUGGUUUUCUUUACCGGCAAACCCAAUAAGAACAAAAAGACUAACUGGAUCAUGAAUGAAUAUAGAUUGCCCGACCUUUCCAGUCCAUCCAGGCAAAACGGAUCAAUGAGAUUGGACGACUGGGUGCUAUGUCGGAUUCGCCAAAAAGGCAACAAUUCAAAGAACAUCUCAGAAGUAGAUGAAAUUCCAAAAAAUAAGUUGAUGGAUGGUCAAUUUGCAACCAUAACACAGGAACUCCCUUCAGCCUACAUGACUACAAACAUAAAUUCCGACAUAAUGUCAAGGUUCAGGGAUUUUCAACUAAUGGCAUCCAUUCUUGUGAGCCAAGAUCUUCCUACAAUGGUGGAAACAUGUUCUCCCGAACUACUUCAUGUGUCUCCCGACAACAAUGGUCAAGUUUACGAUGACGGAGAUGUCACUUUUGGAGGCUUUGAUGAAGCUCCUCCUCAUCAUGGGUGGAUCAUGUAAGCAAGUUUGAUUGGGGUUUGGUAUGUAAACUUUGGUGUUGUUAAUAAAAGUGUUUAUAAUAAGUUGCAA